CCCCACCAUCCAAUGGAGAGCUCAGAAGUAUGAAACAGGGAGGGCCUGUUGUCAUGGGGGAGGUGGUGGUGCUUGGUGGCUGCUGGCGGCCGAGGUAGAGGCAGUGGCUCAGGAGUUGGUCGUGGGCAGCUGCAGAUUUGAGGCUUCAACAACUUGGAAGGAAGAGGACCAGUGCAGCUGUGAUACAACAAACCAAGAUCUUGGUUCACAUCCAUAAAUUGAAAUAUUGGUGGGCCAGCCAUCCCUCAAACACCUCACUUAAAGACAGAUGAGGAAUCUGAGGCUUGGUGAAGUUACGAAACUUGUCCAAAGUCACACAACUUGUAAAGGGCACAGCCAAGAUUCAGAGCCAGACUGUAAGAAUUAAUAAUGAACAAAUUACGGCAAAGUUUUAGGAGAAAGAAAGAUGUUUAUGUUCCAGAGGCCAGUCGUCCACACCAGUGGCAGACAGAUGAAGAAGGGGUUCGUACUGGAAAAUGUAGCUUUCCAGUUAAGUACCUUGGCCAUGUAGAAGUUGAUGAAUCAAGAGGAAUGCAUAUCUGUGAAGAUGCUGUGAAAAGACUAAAAGCUGAAAGGAAGUUCUUCAAAGGCUUCUUUGGAAAAACCGGAAAGAAAGCAGUGAGAGCAGUCCUGUGGGUGUCAGCAGAUGGACUCAGAGUUGUGGAUGAAAAAACUAAGGACCUCAUAGUUGACCAGACAAUAGAAAAAGUUUCUUUCUGUGCCCCGGACAGGAACUUUGAUAGAGCCUUCUCUUACAUAUGCCGUGAUGGCACCACUCGGCGCUGGAUCUGUCACUGCUUCAUGGCUGUUAAGGACACGGGAGAAAGACUGAGCCAUGCAGUGGGCUGUGCUUUUGCAGCCUGUUUAGAGCGUAAACAGAAGCGGGAGAAGGAAUGUGGAGUGACUGCUACUUUUGAUGCUAGUCGGACCACUUUUACAAGAGAAGGAUCGUUUCGUGUCACAACAGCCACGGAGCAAGCAGAAAGAGAGGAGAUUAUGAAACAAAUCCAAGAUGCCAAGAAAGCUGAAACAGAUAAGACAGUUGGUUCAUCAGUGAUCCCUGGCAACACUGUCCCAUCCCCAUCCUCUCCCACCUCUCCCACUUCGGAUGCCACUGCCUCUCUGGAGAUGAACAACCCUCAUGCCAUCCCGCGCAGGCACGCGCCGAUUGAACAGCUUGCUCGCCAGGGCUCUUUCCGAGGAUUUCCUGCUCUCAGCCAGAAGAUGUCACCCUUUAAACGCCAGCUCUCCCUGCGCAUCAACGAGUUGCCUUCCACUAUGCAGAGGAAGACUGAUUUUCCCAUAAAAAAUGCAGUCCCAGAAGUAGACGGGGAAGCAGAGAGUAUCAGUUCCCUGUGCUCACAGAUCACCAACGCCUUCAGCACACCCUCCGAGGAUCCCUUCUCAUCAGCCCCAAUGACCAAACCAGUGACAGCAGUGGCACCACAGUCUCCUGCCUUUCAAGCUAAUGGCACUGACUCAGCCUUCCAUGUGCUUGCUGCUAAGCCAGCCCAUACUGCUCUAGCACCCGUAGCAAUGCCUGUGCGUGAAACCAACCCUUGGGCCCAGGCCCCUGAUGCUGCUAACCAGGGAAUUGCAGCCACACAUACGGGGACCGAAUGGGGUCAAUCUUCUGGUGCUGCCUCGUCAGGUCUCUUCCAGGCGGGCCACAGGCGCACGCCCUCUGAGGCCGACCGCUGGUUAGAAGAGGUGUCCAAGAGCGUGCGGGCUCAGCAGCCCCCAGCCGCGGCUGCCCCUCUGCAGCCAGUGCUCCAGCCUCCGCCACCCACUGCCAUCGCCCAGCCAGCUCCGCCUUUCCAGGGGAACGCAUUCCUCACCGCUCAGCCCGUGCCAGUGGGUGUGGUCCCACCCUUGCAGCCAGCCUUUAUCCCUGCCCCGUCCUAUCCUGUGGCCAACGGGAUGCCCUAUCCCGCCCCUAAUGUGCCUGUGGUGGGCAUCACUCCCUCCCAGAUGGUCGCCAACGUGUUUGGCACUGCAGGCCACCCUCAGGCUGCCCACCCCCACCCGUCUCCCAGCCUGAUCAAGCAGCAGACAUUCCCCCAGUACGACACAAGCAGUGCUACUGCCAGUCCCUUCUUUAAGCCUCCUGCUCAGCACCUCAACGGUUCUGCAGCUUUCAAUGGUGUAGAAGAUAGCAGGCUGGCCUCGGGAGACAAGCACACGGAGGUUCCUGCAGGUACCUGCCCCGUGGAUCCUUUUGAAGCCCAGUGGGCUGCAUUAGAAAGCAAGUCCAAGCAGCGCACUACCCCCUCCCCCACCAACCCUUUCUCCAGUGACCUCCAGAAGACAUUUGAAAUUGAACUUUAAGCGGUUCCUACGGCUUAUGUAUUUUGACCAUACGUAGGCAAGGAUGGGGGUGGGGGUCCAAGGAGCAAAGGGGACUUUGUGUUUCUGAUCAGUAUGCUUUUUACUAAUCCCAAAGGUCCAAAGGGCAUAUCCAGGCACAGAGUACAGUGAGGGAGAUUUGGAAAAUAAACCAGUGAAAACCAUUCCUAGAGGAGUUAUCUUACAGUCAGGCUAAAGAAGUCAAGGCAUUGUGACCCUCCUCCCCUCCUCCUCAGCCCCUUACAAGUCUCUGGCAACAGAGAGGCAGAUGUAUCUCAACAGGAACCUUUAUUCAAAGCACAUUUACUGGAACAUAGAGCAGAACGGGAAGCAAAAUAAUCUCCCUUGUCUUUCAGGCCAGAAACCUGCCUCCCCUUGGAGGACAUCAAUACCGAGGUGACCUGUGCUUAGGCAGGAAGAGAGGCAGGCUGGCUGCCAGGAGUCCCCAGCAGCAGCUGCCCAGCACAGCUCUAUUUUAGGGGUAAAUUUGAGCUUCCAUUUUGAAUAACAGAAUAAAUAUUAUAAAUAUAUAUAAAAAGCCAAAAUUUUAUUUUUAUGCAUUUAGAAUAUUUUAAAUAGUUCUCAAUAUUAAAAAGUUGUAUGAGUUGUAAGUAAUCUUGCCAAAGGUAAAAGGGUUAGGUGUAAGAAAUUGUACAUAAGAUUGAUUUAUCAUUGAUGCCUGCUGCAGGAAGAGGGCAGGGUAGGUGUUGCGGACAGGACCCCUGGCUUAUCUGUGCUGUCCCCUGUAAGUAGCGCGUCGCAACACAGUCACGCUUCGACCAGUACAGCCGCUGAGAGUAGUUUAUAUAAAGACAGCAAAAGAGCAGUAUUGUCCUGGUUUUAAACCAAUGAUGAAAUUCUAAUAUUUUAGUGGAAUCAAGCUCAAUAUGCUCUAUAGAGACUAUGUAUGUAUUUCCUUUCAUGUAUUGCUACAUUUUCCUUACGUUAAUCCUUUAACACUAAGGUGACAAUGACAUAAUCAUAGACGGGAACGCAGGUUGCUGUGUGGGUCUUGUUGUGUCACUGGUCCCCACGGUUGGGUGGGGACAGAAAGCGGGUCUCCUAGCCGUGUGCCGUGUCCGCGCUCCCUGUGUGCAGAGCGCCCGUUGCUGUCGGCGGCCGCUUGACCUCUGGUAACGACGUGAGAUCCCAGCUCAUUUUUACUUUUGAACGUUGGCCUUACAAUCAAAUGUAAGUUAUAUAUAUUUGUACUGAUGAGAAUUUAUAAUCUGCUUUAACAAAAAUAAAUGUUCAUGGUAGAAGCCUUUGCCCAUGAA